ACCCGGUUUAGAACCUGGUUUAGACCUGGUUUAGACCCAGAUCAGGAGGUCAGGACCCGGCUGGAGGUGCAGGGAUGGAGCGGGGAGCGGGGACCUGGAGGAGCCCGGGGAAGAGGGUCCUGUGUGUGGGACUCGUGUGUCUGGACAUCAUCAACGUGGUGGACAAGUUCCCACUCGAGGACUCGGACACCAGGUGUGUGUCUCAGGUGUGUGUGUUUCAGGUGUGUGUGUUCCAGCGCGGGGGAAACGCCUCAAACUGCUCCGUUCUGUCUCUGCUCGGAACCAACUCGUCCCUCAUGGGCUCCAUCAGUCCAGGACCGGUCUCAGAUUUUAUUCUGGAGGACUUCAGGAAGUUCCACAUCGACGUGUCUCUGGUCACGGAGCAUGCUCAGUGCGUAGUUCCCACCUCCAUCGUCAUCGCCAAUCGGAGCAGCGGCUCACGCACCAUCCUGCACAUGAACAGCUUCAUCGUGGCGGACCUGGCGCGGCUCCGCGUGGCCUCGGAGCUCGUCUGGGUUGAGGGUUCGACUCCGGUCGCCUGCUGCGUCGUGUGUCCGCCCAACGGCACCCGGACCGUGGUGCUGUACGACACAAACCUCCCGGACGUUUCUCCCGACGAUUUCUCCAAAGUCGACCUGCGACAUUUCAACUGGAUCCACUUUGAG